UAAGAGUUCAGAACACAACUGAAACAGUGUCUGUAUAUUAUUUUUAUUAUAGUUUACAAUUUACAAUUCAUUUAGCAAGAAACUAUUCACAGUUUCACACAAAUAGAUUCAUUCUUGUAACAAUAUGAAUUACAUCACAUUGUUCAUUAAAAUUCUUAUCAUAUUGCAAAUAAUAGUGACAAUAUGUGCAUUGAAAGACUCGGAUUAUUGGCAAGAACGACAAAAUUUUAUCAAUCAAGAAAAAUCAAUGCAAAUGGGUAACGGAAUACAUUUAAAUCCAAAAGAAGAUAUUGUAAAUCAAGUAUUAAUGUCUGCAAAAUAUGCUGAAUUUGAUGCGGGCUUAGAAGAUCCAUCAUCAUUUUUACCAACAAUUAAUUUCUUGGAAGCAAAACCGUUAAUUGAACAAUCAAAAGUAUUUCAAUUAAUCAAAGAAAUGCCAAAAGGUGCUGUAUUACAUGCCCACGAUUCAGCUAUAGGAUCCGAAGAUGUUUUUUAUAAUUUAACAUUUAUGGAUAACUUAUAUUUUUGUAAUACAACUCAAGGAGAAAUUCGAUUUACUUUCUCAGAUCAUAGACCAAGGAAAAAUCUAGUUUACGCAUGGCGUGCAUUACAGAAAAAACCAUUCCGUGUGGUGUGUAGUGAAUGGAAACUUUUGAAAGAUGAACGUGCGAAAAGUGAAAAUGUUAAAGUUUUAAAUGAUUAUAUUAAAAGUAAAUUAACACUUCGUGUAGCGGAUCCGAAUAGUGUUUACACUGAUGUUAAUGUGGUAUGGAAUAAAUUUCGCGAUAUAUUCUCUACGGUAAUUCCAUUAGUGACAUAUCGACCAGCUUUGGAAAAGUAUUGGUUUAAAGUGUUCCAAGAAUUAUAUGAAGAUCAUAUUAUGUACCUUGAAUUUCGUGGAACAUUACCUCCUGCAUACGAUUUAAAUGGGACGACUUAUGAUGAAAUCCAAGUGGCUGGAAUGUAUCUAGAUGUUUUGAAUCGUUUUAAGCAACAGUAUCCAAAAUUCCAUGGAGCAAGAUUUAUUUAUGCGCCUUAUCGAAGAGUAAAUAAUCAAACUUGUGAUAGAUAUUUAAAUAUUAUACAAAAAUUGUCAAAGAAAUAUCCUGAUUUUAUUGCUGGCUUUGAUUUAGUUGGACAGGAAGAUCAAGGUGAACCACUAUCAAGUUUUGCUGAUAAAAUAAAAACAUUACCAAACGAUAUACGAUUCUUUUUUCAUUCGGGUGAAACAAAUUGGUAUGGAGAGUCUGAUAUGAAUCUAAUUGAUGCAAUAUUAUUAGGGACUGUACGCAUCGGUCACGGUUAUGCUUUAACUAAACAUCCGGCUGUACUGCAAUUAGUUAAGGAAGAACGAAUUGGUAUUGAAGUGAGUCCCAUAUCGAAUCAAGUAUUACAUUUAGUUCAAGAUUUACGUAAUCACCCAGCCGCUGGAUUUAUUGCACAAAAUUUACCAGUGGUUAUAUCCAACGAUGAUCCUGGUUUUUGGGGUGCAAAAGGUUUAAGUUAUGAUUUUUAUGAAGCAUUUAUGGCAUUUACAAGCCGGAAUGCAGAUUUACGUGUACUCAAACAAUUGGCGUUAAAUUCAAUUGAGUUUAGUGCAAUGCCAAUGGAGGAACAAGGUGCCGCGACUCAGAAGUUUAAUGAACAAUGGGCAACGUUUAUUGAUAAAGUGAUCGCACAAAAUGAAAUUAGUAAGAUUAAUGAAACUCCAGUGGCAAAACAGCAAUAAUAAUUAUGGGAGAAUUUUUAAGUGUGGAAUGUUUGUUUAAUGAGACUGUAUUGUAUUAAUAAUUAAUUGAAAAUAGUUUUAAAUUUAAUAUUUAUUUUUUAAAGGGUCUGUAGUCAGUUUAAGAGCUUUACUUCUUUUGUAUUUUAGACGCAAAAUAACUGGAACCAAAAUUACUUUUUUCAAUUCAAAGAAACUAGCAAUAUACCUAUACAAUUUUCAAGAGCAUAAAAAUCAGAAAUUUAAAUAAAAGUGCUUGGAAAAUUUACGGAAAACGUCGAGGAAUCAAAAAUGUACAUACUAUUGAAUGAACGACCUCUAAUAAUGAGAGAAUAAUGUCAAUAGUGAAAUUGAGAGUUUAAAUAAUGUUGACUACAGACCUGUAAUUCUGUACUUGGCGAGUAGUUUUUUUCGCAUUGUUAUAAUUAUUUAAUUAAUUGUAAGAAGAUAUUGUUGUAUGUGUUAAUUUUUGU